AUGUCCAACCAGCAAGUGGGUGCGGUUUUCGAGAAGGUCAUCCAGGAGGUCUGUGAUGCCUCCCAGGUCGACUUUGAGGAAAGCGGUGUCGAUCAGCAGACCCUUCAUGAUCUGCGCGAGACCUGGCAACACAAGCUUUCUUCUGUGAACGUCGCUCAUUUCCCUUGGGAUCCUGUCCCUCAGCCUGCUCAACAGCACUCUGUUCCCCUCCCCACAGCUACUGUCCCCUCCAAUGCUCCGCGACAACCUCCCCAGCAGCAAUAUGUGCCCUCACCUGUUCCAAUUCCUCAAGCUGCGCCCUCGCACCCCAUGCCCAUGGGGGGUCCUCGCAUUAAGACCGAGCCAGGAUCUAAUGGCCAACCCGGAAUGCCGCACAUGACCACACCCAUGCCUCCGCAUGGUCUAAACCCUCAGUCGGCUCGCGACCGUGCCGCAAAUGCGCUUCAGCAGAAAUACGGCGCCGCAGCCGCGAACUCUGUCCACCAAAUGCAAGCCCAGGCACAUGCUGGACAAGGAUAUCAGCAGAUGCACCCCAAUGCCCACGGGCAAAUGCCACCAAUCAAACAAGAACAGAACUACCCACACAUGGGUCCUGGACAGACUGAUGGUGGAGGUGACGACCCAUUGACUGACUGGAAGGCAGAGGUAGCCCGCCGCAGAGCAGCUGCCGAGAGUGGAGAAGGUGAUCGACUUCUGCGUGAGCAUCUCAAGCAGCGCAUGUCUCAGUAUGAGGGCGGAGGUCUUCUUCGUCCCUUGGGAGAGCAUGAGUCCUCUUCCAAGGUCGCUCGCCGUGUAGCUCUCACCGCGCCUCUCAGUCAAAACACUAACGCCGAGUCAAGUUCAUCUGCCCCUCGCGUCACUGGCCAGUAUGAUGGCGCAGAAGACGAUGUCAAGGAGGAAGAUGAAGACGCCAUCAAUUCGGACCUGGAUGAUCCAGAUGACCUUGUUGCUGAUGACCAUGACGCAGAUGAAUCAGAGGGCCAGGUCAUGCUUUGCACAUACGACAAGGUCCAGCGCGUGAAGAACAAGUGGAAGUGCACGUUGAAGGAUGGCAUCCUGACCACUGGUGGCAAAGAAUACGUCUUCCACAAGGGCCAAGGUGAAUUCGAAUGGUAG